AUGGGUAACCUAAAGCUUGUCGUUGCACAUAGCACAAUGCCCGAAGACAAUAUCAACAAUAUCAAACCAAACCCAGAGUUUCAAGAUUUGCUGGCGUCUGCCCAACAGAAAAAUACGCCCAACCUGGGAAACAGUGGAUAUUUCCCAAUGGCUCGACCUCUUGCAGGGCAAGCUGGUAUGGGAUAUCGUGACUCGAAGGGGAACACCUAUACUAGUUACGCUGGCAAUGUUAACGGAGUACCUGGAGUUGGGGGCCAGUAUUCGGGGGACUGCGUCAUCCUGUGA